AUGAAGCUCGAGAGCGUCGACCACUCCGCCUUCACGGCUGGAUCAACAACGAGCAUUCUGAUCCGAUAUGCUCUUUUAACGAUCUCAGUCCUCCUGACAACCCGCGUCCUCAUCUUUGUCUACCGCUCAUUAAACUCGCCCCUCCGCUCCGUUCCUGGGCCCCUUGCCGCGCGUUUCUCCCGCCUAUGGUAUUUGUACCGGCUCUCCCUCGGCCGCUGGGAACAUGAUGACCUAGCGCUACACCGAAAAUACGGCCCUGUUGUCCGCGUCGCGCCGGAUAUGUACAGCAUUGAUCACCCUGAAGUGGUCAAGAAGGUGUACGGGAUCAACAGCAAGUUUCCGAAAAGUGACUGGUACUACGCAUGGCAGCAUCCGGACCCCAAUCGGUGGACGUUGUUCCCGGACCGGGAUAUGAAGCGCCACGCGGAGACCCGGAAACGCUUCCAGUCAAUGUACUCGAUGAGUAGUUUGGUCAAUUACGAGGGCUACGUCGACGCCUGUGCGGAAAUCUUUGGGCAGAGAUUGUCUGAGUUUGCAGCCAAGGGGGAGACCAUCAACAUGGCGCAUUGGUUCCAGUGUUAUGCAUUCGAUGUCAUCGGUGAUAUCACUUAUUCGCAGCGAUUUGGCUUCUUGGACAAGGGAGAGGAUGUGAGUGGGUUGUUGAAGGCGUUGCAUAGUGUGUUACAGUAUGGCACUUUGGUGGGAGUAUAUGCUAAAUGGCAUCCGUGGAUAUUUGCCAUUUCAAAUCGACUGGGUCUGGGAGGCGGUGGAGGGAGGGUGACUUUGAUGGACUACGCGAACCAGAGGAUCAAGCAACGGGAAGCGGAGAGGAAGUCUGGGGUCGAUGUGGAGAAGAUGGGCGAAAGAGACGAAAGCGCACCCAUGGAUUUUCUGGAGAAGUUAAUGAGAGCGAACCAGCAUGAUCCGCAGAAGGUCACGCCGUACCAUGUGUUCAUGAUGGGCUUGUCGAACAUCAUUGCCGGGUCCGACACCACGGCGGUCUCCUUGUCCUCAAUUCUCUACAACCUCCUGAGGUAUCCAGACACCAUGCGGAAGCUUCGGGACGAAAUCCGAGAACACGAGGGACAGGGACGCUGUGGCAACCCAGCAGUUUCGUUCAAGGAGAGCCAGGAGAUGCCCUAUUUGCAGGCAGUGAUGAAAGAGGCGCUGCGGAUGCAUCCUGCCACAGGCCUGCCGUUAUGGAGGGUUGUGCCCGAAGGUGGUGUAGAAAUUUGUGACAGGUUCUUUCCCCAGGGGACCAUCGUCGGACUCAACACAUGGUGCGCUCACUAUAACGAAGAUGUAUUCGGUCCCGACGCGAAGCAUUUCCGACCUGAGAGAUGGAUCGAGGCUGAAAAAGAAGGAGGCCAAAGGUUGAGGGAUAUGGAGAAUUAUUACUUACCCUUUGGCCUUGGGUCACGAACAUGCAUCGGCCGACACAUUUCGUUCCUGGAGAUGUCCAAGCUCAUUCCGCAGCUCGUGAGAAGGUUUGACUUUGAACUUGAGCAACCUGAUCGAGAGUGGAACACGGUGAACUAUUGGUUCGUCAAGCCCACAGAUUUUCGAGUGAAAGUCUGGGCGCGUACUCCGUAG